AUGGAGGACCAAAGGAGGGGGGCUGGUUUAGCAAAUCCUGUUAACAACAGUAGCAUUACUUACCCGUCUCAUGCUCAGCUUGGUGUCAAUCCUGGGCUUGUUCAGGGAGAUCAGUACCCUCCUGGUUACAGGUUCAAGCCUAAAGAUCAAGAGCUUAUCUCGUGUUACCUGCUGUGCAAGAUCCGGAACAGACCAUUGCCACGCAAUGGUAUCCACGAAGUUACGUUAUACAAAUAUAACCCAGAGACUCUUGCAGGAAACUACGAACCAUAUGGAGAGAAGGAAUGGUACUUCUUAACACCAAGAGAUAGGAAGUAUCCAAAUGGGGAUCGACCAAACCGAGCCGCAGGCGAUGGAUAUUGGAAGGCUACUGGAGCUGAUACAGAUGUUAUAAGCGCCAAUCAAGUUAUUGGAAGCAAGAGGACCUUGGUCUUCUAUAGAGGGAAAGCUCCAGGCGGUGACAAAACCAAUUGGAUUAUGCAUGAAUAUAGAGCAAGAAAUUCUGAUGGAGCACCAAAACGGACAAAUGAUGGUAUGAGGCUUGAUGAAUGGGUGUUAUGCAGAAUUCAUAACAGGAAUGACGGUCCUCCUACAAAUCGUAUCAAUGGACUACAGGAUGAUGAAAUUGAAGAUCAACCAUCUGAAAAUAAUGGAAAUCUGGUGCCACAACAAGUUGUGGUUCCUAGUAUAUCUGAAUAUCAUAAUCCUGGAAGUCAGUUGGGAUAUCUUGAUACAUCAUAUGGUAAUUCUGUUUCUGCAUUUCCUCAGAAUUCUCAAAAUGAGCUGGUGGCAGGAGUCUCUCAAAAUCAUGCGGUUUAUAGUAGGAACACUGUGACUGGAAAUUUUAAUCCUGGAAGUCAGAUGGGAUAUCUUGAUAGCUAUGGUAAUUCUCAAAAUGGGUUGGUGGCAGGAGUCUCUCAAGAUCAUGCGGUUACUAGUGUUGCUACAAUGACUGGAAAUUAUAAUCCUGUAAGUCAGAUGGGUUAUCUUGGCAGGUAUGGUAAUUUUGCUUUUGCAUAUCCUCAUAAUUCUCAAAAUGGGCUGGCAAGAGUCUCUCAAGAUAAUGCGCUUCCUGGUAUUCCUCAAACUACUAACCUUCAGCUUGACCAAAGUUCUAGUUAUGUUCUGAAGACAAUUUUGGAUUAUGAGAUCAGUUCUUUUCAGUUCGGCAAUGGAGGUAAUAAUGAUUUCGGCGAAAACGACGAUGAUUUGUUUGGCUUGGAUAAUAUUGUUCCCCCCUCGACGGCCUCCGAUGAUCGUAGUGAUCACCAUUAA